AUGGGAAACUUGUGGCUCUUCGACAGCUGUGUUGACAGAGAUUGCGUUUGUGACAAAAAGAGGAAAAAGCACUCGUUUGAGCACAGAAACCAAAAGCUUAUUGUUUACAACCAUCUACUUCACCGUAACGUCCUCCUUCCUGCCUGCCCGCGCCUGCUAGUACGAGCCGUACGAGCAGUGAACGACUCACUGUGGUUCUGGAUCAGCCCCUUCCCGCUCCCCUUCGAGUCGUUCAGCUCUGAACGAAUCGUUCAUCUGAUCUGA